GAUUUUCAUUCUAAUGGAAACUUCAUCAAGAGCAAUGUUGAAUUCUGGAUUUUUCAUUUUCUCUUAUUGUUUUUUACUUCUUUUAAUUAUGAUUAUUGUUGCUACCUUAAUGAUUCUUAAUUUACUUUACUUUAAUCACUUGUCACUAUUUUCAUCAUCUCAAUCAUCAUCUUCAUCGAUUGUGCCUUAGUAACACAAGUCGCAAAAAAGAAAAUUGAAAAUUACAACUGUCAAGUCAAAUGGUCAAUUUUUUCUUCUCUUUUUACAUUUUAUGUUCUUUUCUCUUCAAUUUUUCCUUUGUCUUUGUGUUGUUACUCUCGAUUUAAAGUUAUACAUCUUGUUAACAGAAGAAUAUCCGUUUUUGUAAAUAAUUUCUCAUCUCAUUUUCUCUCUUCAUGUUAAUAUUUACUUGCUUUUAUACCUUAAGGUUACUGGUGACGAAAAUUGAACAAAGUUAAACAAAAAUGGCCUCCGUUAAAGUUGCUGUCAGGGUGAGACCUUUCAAUAAUAGGGAAAUUGACAUGGGUAGUUCUUGUAUCAUAAGAAUGGAGGGUAAAAAAACUGCUAUUGUUAACCCUAAUCCUCGACCUGAUUUAUUGGAUACAACUGCAAGUCCAACGGUAUUUGAUGGGUCACGAAAAGAGUUUACUUUUGACCAUUCGUAUUGGUCAUUUGAUGAAAGUGAUAAAGAUUUUUCUUCACAAGAGCAAGUUUAUGAAGACUUGGGUCGCCCAGUGGUUGAAGAUGCUUUCGAAGGUUAUAAUGCUUGUAUUUUCGCCUAUGGUCAAACUGGAUCGGGUAAAACUUUCACCAUGAUCGGUUCUCCUGGAAAUGAAGGAUUAAUCCCUCGAAUUUGUAAAAAUUUAUUCGUUCGAAUGAAAAUGGAGUGUAACAAAGAAAGUUCUUAUCGAACUGAGGUCAGUUAUCUGGAAAUUUAUAAUGAAAAAGUCAAAGAUUUACUGGGUAAAGGAGAGGCCAGUUUAAAAGUUCGUGAACAUCCAAAGCUUGGUCCAUAUGUACAAGAUUUAUCGAAACAUUUGGUUACCGAUUUUCGUGACGUUGAAGAGCUAAUGGCCCGAGGUAAUGCUCGUCGUACAACAGCAGCAACCGGAAUGAAUGAUACCAGUAGUCGAUCUCAUGCCAUUUUUACCAUCGCCUUUUCUCAAGCAACUUUUGCUGGUAAAACACCAAGGGAAACAUUGAGUAAAAUAAAUCUAGUCGAUUUAGCUGGUAGUGAGAGAGCCAUGGCCACUGGUGCUAGUGGACAAAGGCUUAAGGAAGGUGGUCACAUUAACAAAAGUUUGGUAACUGUUGGAUCAGUAAUCAAAGCAUUGGCCGAAUCAAGUCAACAAAAUCUUAAUCCACCAACAACCUCAACUCCACGUCAUGUUUUUAUCCCUUAUCGAGAUUCGGUUCUUACAUGGCUUUUAAAGGACAGUCUUGGAGGUAAUUCAAAGACUGUAAUGAUAGCCACCAUAUCACCAGCUGAUUGUAAUUAUAGUGAGACUUUAUCAACUUUACAUUAUGCUAAUCGAGCCAAAAAUAUUAUCAACAAACCAACAAUCAAUGAAGACACUAAUACCAAGCUUAUACGUGACUUACGAGCUGAAAUUGAGAAAUUAAAAUUAUUACUUGGCGAUCAUCCAACAUUUAUUGAAAAAGUUCACGAAAAUGAGGCUAAAGUGAAAAUGUUAACUGAAGAAUGGACUGAAAAAUGGAAAGAGACACAAAGAAUAUUGAAAGAACAAAAAUCUCUUGGACUUCGUAAAGCUGGACUUGGUAUAAUUUUAGAUUCUGAUUUACCUCACCUACUAUCAAUUAAUGACGGUUUAUUAAGCUCGGGUAUGACUUUAUACCAAUUGAAAGAGGGUCGAACAUUAAUUGGAACCGAAUAUGGAUUAACCAAACAAGAUAUUAAUUUACAAGGUUUUGACAUAGAAGAUGAACACUGCUACAUCGAUCUUAUCGAUGGUGUUGCAACGAUUACUCCGAUAAACAAUUCAUUGUGUUUUAUGAACGCUGUACAAAUUGAUGAACCAACUCGUCUUACCCAUGGAUGUGUAAUUAUGCUUGGUCGUAAUAAUAUGUUCCGAUUCAAUGAUCCAGGAGCCAUGAAUAAAUUAAAAAGAGAGCGAAAUGAUAACAACUCAUCUUUACUCAAUCUAUCUAAAAUAAUGAGUCAUUCAACUGAAUUAGCCAAAUCAUGGGAUAAUUUAUGGUCCCAGGUAAACGAAGGUGAAUGUUUCGAUAGAGGAGUUGACCUUUGUGAUAUUGAGGAGAAACGUCGUGAGAUUGAAGAGCUGGAAGAGGAGCAUCGUCGAGCCGAACAGCGUAGAUUGGAAGAGCAACAACGAGCUGACCUUGAAUUGGAAAUGAAAAGAAAAGAUUUGGAAAAGUUAAUCACUGAAAAUGAGUUACUCGAAAAGAAAAGAUCAGAAACCGAAGCAGAAUUAAAAUUGAUGAGGGAAGAAAUCGCCAACAUAAGUGGUCUUAAUGGUGGUGAUGUUGAUGUUACACUCGAAAAAUGUUCAAAAUGUUCAACAAAUGGAGGUGACCUUUUGUUAAGUUACAGCGAUACUGGUUUAACCAAUGGAGAGACUGAUAAAAAGACAGCAAAUGAUAACAAUGAUACAAAUGUUGAUGAUGGUCAACCAGAAAGUAAUACUGAAUCUUUUAAUUUAUCAUCAACGUCUUCAUCUACAACCGUUUGUCAAUGUAAUAACAAUACAAUUAGUGAUACAUCAGCAACGAUAAUCUCAUCAUCAUCAUCGUCAGAGGAAAUACCAUCAACAACAACCGAAAACUAUGUUAAUAAAUUAAGUGAACUGAAAGCUUUUGAGGAGCGAUUAGUUGCCAUGGAGAAAAAUUUAAAUGAACAAAAGUCACUUUUUGAAAUGCAACGAACCAAAGAGUUAAGUCAAAUACAAAAGGAGAAGGACAAUCUCAAUGAGAUGGAGAAACAAGUUGAACUGGACAUGUUUAUCGAACGAGAGGUUCAACGUCGACUUCGUGAUCAUCAAGCAAAAUGUGAGAAAACCUGGAGAGAUGGACUGGAAUCGCGAGCAAAUGAUUAUCUUCGUAUAACAACAUCAUCUCCCACCUUGAUGCUUGCAGAGGAAAUGGAAGAAGAUGAAGAUCAAAUAUUCAUCAAAAUACUUUCUUACAAAUGGAUAGAGCGAGCCUUUGAUUCACACUAUGAAUAUAUGGUUGUUAUUUGUAUUAAUGGUCAUCGAUUGACUAUUCACCGACGAUAUCGUCAAUUUCGUGAAUUUCAUCUUACUCUAGAACGAAAUUAUGGAACCCGGGAGUCUAUAAUGAUACCCUAUUUCCCACCGAGGAAAAUGUUCUGGACGAAAUCAUCAACUUCCCUGGCUGAAGAAAGGAGGAAAAGUUUGGAAAAAUAUCUUCGAAAAGUAAUUCCAAUGUUCAUCCGAGUUCCUGAUUCUCCUCUAAAUUAUAAAGUUCAAGGAGCUAAAAAAUUAUCUCUUUCUCAUCUUUUACAAUUUUCUAAUUUCUUCAAAGAUGAUGUUCCAGAUAUUGAAGAUUAAUCAAUUCCCAAGUCUAGUCCAACCAUCACCUCCCAUAAGCAUCAUCACAAUUAGCAACCUUCCCAAUCUGAUAAUCCAUUGGAUCAAAAAAAAAGUUCUGAUGUGUCAACAAUCAAUCUUCCCUUAGACACUUGUCAUUGUUUUCAUCAUCAAUUGUUUACCUGAUCAAGAUGCUAUUUCUUCCGCUCCAAGCAAUUGAGAGAGAAAUUGUCUCAUUGGUAAAAGAGCUAAGAAAUUUGUUAAUUGUUUUAAUUACUUUGCCAUCUAUGUUUCUCUCUCUCUCUCUCACCAUCUAUUCAUUUCUUUGGAUGAUAACAACAAAAAGACAACAUCAAAAGAAUCAACUUUUUAAAUUGUUUCACAAAAUCAAUCACCUUUAAAUCCAGUGCAUUUUUUUAAUAAGCAAGAAAAAAGUAGUAACAAUUAACUCGAUAUAUCAUGAAAAGUUCACAAUCAAUCUACCAGAAAUCAAAGUGCAACUUAAAUCAAAUUAUUCUGUCAUUUAUGAUGACAACAUUUUGUGCGAAAAAUUUUUCUAAUCUUGUAAUUUUCUCAAUUUGUUUUUAUGUAUUUUCGUCAACAGAAAACUUAUCACUAUCAUUGUACAUUAAUAUUAUAUAUAAAUAUGUAUUUAUAUUGUUGCUAAUUAGCAAGAAAACAAAAUUGAUGCAUAAUUAAAUUUUUAAAUUAUUAA